CUUCCUUUAAUCCCGUAGCAAUACUGCCUUCCUCUUUUCUCCAGCAAGACAACUUCACUCCUUCUGUUUUUAUUCACUUGUAGGAUGCAGUAGUCACUUUUCACACCGUUGACGUGAUUAAUACCUUCUCGCUGAAUAUGUAUGGAACGUAUUUUCAGCCUUCGCUAAGAUACCGCACAGAUUCGCGAUGUGUUUUCUGUGACAGUCCGGGGGAAGAACAAAAAGACGUCCCCCAGCGCUUUACCCGAUAAUAUGUUUGAACUGAAAGACGAUGUUCUAAUGUAAAAACAAAAGCGAAUUUACACACAGCAAACACCCAGAAACAGCAAAAUGAAUCGGUUCUGGUGAAGUCAUUGGACUCGAAACGUUAACUUUCUUCUCACAGAUGCGGCCAGACCUGCGUGUCUCCAGCAAUUUGUUUUUGUUUUAGCUUUAUUACAGCACUAUGAAUGGUUAGACAAUCUGUUUUCUAAUGUUGAUAGAGAAUGCAGUGAAUGUCGGUCAGCACACUAAGGAUAAUUCCCCUGCCCUUAGAAUAAUGCUACUGGAUUAUUAUCGUGCAACUUUAACAUAAAACCUGCUGACUUUUUCCAGCAAUUUCUGUUUUUGCAGCAGAUUUAACAUUUCAUCAAAAAAGCACCUCCGACACUGUAGCAUUUCACACAAUCCAGAACCUUCUGACUCAAGCAAGAACGUUACCACUCAAAAGACAACCAUAACCCGCACUUUUGAAAAGAAAGGUAAAAUCAAGGGGACUGGGGUGGAAUUGAAUUUAGAUCUACAUGUACAAUCUUCGUGUUCAGAUCAUAAGGCCGACUUGCGAACCCAUUUUAGCUCCAAAUGCCGAGAUAACCCGCAACAUAGAACAUAGGCGAGGACAUUGCGCGCAUGUGCACACCUCAGGCAGAGGUACCGCGCAUGCGCUGCUGCCAGCGGAAGUGUCCGUCUCUUCGAAAUUCUCUAUCCGGGAGGAGUGGACCCGAUCAGGCAGUGUACAAAAAUGUCAGCAAGAACCGCCUCUGUCCAUGCCAAAUGGAUUAUAGGAAAAGUGAUUGGCACAAAAAUGCAGAAGACUGCCAAAGUCAGAAUAACUAGACUUGUGCUGAAUCCAUAUCUGUUAAAGUUUUACAAUAAAAGGAAGACUUAUUUUGCUCAUGAUCCAAAAGAACAGUGCACUGUGGGUGAUAUCGUGCUUCUAAAGGCUUUGCCUGAACGAAGGACCAAGCACGUUAAACACGAACUGGCAGAAAUUGUGUUCAAAGUUGGAAAUAUCAUUGAUCCAAUCACACAGAAACGUUGUGGUGGAAGCAGAAUUAUUGAACCUGUUAAAGACUCUGAUUUAGAUACAGGAUCCCUCAGUGAUCAUAUGAAGGAUUUAGAGAUCAGUGGUGUGCAGAAUAAUUCAGAACAUAAAACCUCUGCAGGUUGAACCAUAACUAAAUAUUUCUAAAUUUGUAUGUAUAUUUAAUAAAUAUUCAUAUUGCACAUGUUAUUCAGAAACAAAAAAAGUAAAGUUUUUUAAUGCAAAAGUAGUGUACGAUGAUUCUGAACAUGGUGUGAAGCUAGAUGAACACAGCAGACCAAGCAGCAUCAGAGGGGCAGGAAAGUUUGAUGUUUUGAGUUGAGACCCUUCAGACCUUGACCUGUUGUGUUCAUCCAGCUUCCCACUGUGUUAUCUCAGAUUCUGCAGCAUCGGCAGUUCCUACUAUCUCUGUACAAUGAUUCUCUCAUCUUGCAUUCAUGUUUUCCUGCACUUUGGAAGUGAUUGGAUUUUCUGAAAACUUAUUAAAAUAAACCUAAAUGAUUUCAUAUACUCAA